ACUCUCCUCCUCCACCCAUCCAUCCAUCCACGCUUCCCUUCCCUGCCGCUGCCGCUGCUGCUGUUGGAUGUUGCGUUAGGAGCGCACGGAGGACGUUACCGGGGCAUCCCUCCUGUCUGAUGGAGACAGGGCUGAUGAGGGACACCAAAACCCGGACAGCCGUGACCACGACCACCACUAACAGAAAGCAGCACCUGAGCACCGUGCUGCAUAAAGGACCCUCGCUUUAUCCUGUGUUACACUAACCCGAGAAAAAAAAAAGCCGGGAAGCGGACAGAGUGGGGAGCGCACAGGGAGAGACAGAGGUAAGGGGCCAUUAAUAACCUGUUGUUGUUGUGUGUUUGGUUUUCAGAUGGCAGCAGGACGAGCGGCUGAGCAGGGAGGAACAAAAACAUGGAUGUAACAGCUCUGUUUAAACCUUUUCAGGCUGAAUUGUGGUCGUUUUGAUUUUGAAAGACAAGGAGAAAAGCUGACAUAGCAAGACCGUGAAUGCUCCUGUGUUUGUCCGUGUUUUUCUUGCAUCAAUAACAAUUUAAAGAUCUAACAGGCGCGCACACAGUAGGAACACGAGGUUAAUUGAUCUAAACGCACAUUUCUAUGCGGCUUUCAUUCAGAGAUUUUGGCCACGUCCGGUGUAGUUUCUUUGCAAAUUGUGGUUCAUCUUAUCCUUGUAAUUAUUCGGCUAAAUACAGAGACACUGGAGACUGCAGCGUGAUUUUAGACCGCAAAUUAAUUCGGGCCGAGCAUUAGAGCCUUUUAACUUUCAGAUUCAGAGAUGAGAGCUCCCCCUGUAGACCGGAGAUGGAACCUCUGUGUGAUGUGAUCUCUGGUCUGAAACACAACCUUGGCUCACCAGUGUCAUAUUAGGAGAGUGGGCUCCUGUUUAACCACUGUGGGUCAGAAUCAGUCCAAAUAACAGAGGAUUGGAGCUACUUCCAUGACAUCGCACAAGCAAAUAUUCAAGGAGCUGAUGCAGGCAACUUAACGGGCUGCUUCAAAGCUUUUGCUGCCUGUAAAUGGUACUUAAAGUCUUGCUGUAAUGUUGUGAAUUAUGUCCUGAAGUAGUGCUCUGAAUAUGUUCAAGUGGUUACCAAUUACUAACAUCAUUGCCAGGUUACAGUGACAUAAAUGCAAAAACAUGAUUUGGUUUCCUCCUGGUUCUUCAUAAAAGGCUUAUAUGCUAAAUUUCUUUCUUUGUUGUGAAAUGGACAGGAACAGAGGACGAGACAAAGUAAACUGGGCGGGUGAUAUGGGAAAAAGUUUAUCACAGUAAAUUUUUUUUCAUAUGAGUCGAUAUAGAUAUAUGUCACGAUAUAAAAAAAUACACUUUAACAGUGCUUAUUGGUAGCAUGUCUUUUGCAAUACAAUAAGCUGCUGCAUCUGUGAGGUCUUUGUGUCUCUUCAACGUUUUGUCGUAAGGCGUUGCACUACGGAAAGUGGACCGCUCUGGGUUUGUAACCUUUUGCAUGGCGCGUGCUCUGCUGUGUGGCACCGCUUCACUUGAUGACAAAGAUUUGAGGUAUUCCCCGACUUUGGGAGAACAUGUACUCAACACAAUUUGCAGUGCACAUUACUCUGCUUCAUGUCUGACCUCAAAAAGACAAAAUUCCCCCACACUACCGACGUUUUCGUGCCAGUGUUGACUACGAUGUCAUCAUCUGUUGAGCCUUCAUCUACAUUUCUGCUGGGGGUAGCACUCAUUUUCUUUUUUUUCUCAUCGACAGUGCUGUCAGCUUCACCUGUUAAAGUGCUAUGGUUGUGUGUAGCUGCAGCCUGCUACUACGACGUUGUUUGCUACCUGGUUCUAAAUCAGCAUAAUUGGUUCAGUGCGAAGCAGACCUGGAGCAACUCCCCUUUUCAUUGGCUAUUCGUAUAGUCUACCAAAACAUGCCAGAAUGGUGACUAUCGAAAAGCAUAUUGACCAUGUUUCAUAUUGAUAUUGAGGUAAAUUAAUUUUUGAUAUAUAUUGUUAUCAUUUUAUUGCCCAGCCCUAACUUGCUAUAAUUCCUUAUGGUCCCUACAAUAAUCAAACUACACGCUACAAAGUUGCACUCUUGCUAACUUUUGCUAAAUUAAGCUAACUACAGCUAACUUAGCUCCUCUAUCUACCAACCCAGUUGUAGUGCAACUUAUGUAAAACUUGUGAGAUCCAUAACAGUGUUUGAAUGCACCGUAUCUCACAGGGUGUCAAAGGUCACCUACAUACACACUGCAGGGUGGGGAGCUCAAAUGCUACAAAGGUGAAAUGCUGCAUUGUUUGGUGUAAAGUUAUGGACAUACAGGAAACAAGGCAGAUUUAUCAUUUCAACAUUUUCUGGUAAAUAGGAAACUGAUGAACAAUGGCUAAUGAAAAUCUGGAGGGAAAACUUAAAAUUCCUCGUUAAAAUGGCAGCGGAAAACAACAUUUACUGUUGUUUAGCUUUCAGCUGCUACGUGGACUUGUACAGUUGACGUGCACAAUGUGAUAAAGGCAGCAAGGUAAGAGAGCGUGGUGAAAAGCUAACAUUGACUGGUGUGUGAUGGUAGCUAAGUUGUUUUUCUGUUUUUCUUCAAAAUAAGUUAGUACACUUAUUCUAUCAUCUUGCAACACUUUCACAAGGUAGCGUUAGCACUUCCUAGCUAGGAAAUGACUGACGUAAAAGUAGAGUGUCAACAGCCAUACUUCAGGUCAAGGUUACAUGUUUUUGAAGUUAUUUUUGCCUCUAUUAGACCAGACAGCUGAAGAGCUGUUGUUGAUUUGAAAUUUCCGGUAUGAAUAUAAAUAUAACACUGUUGACAGUAUAUUCUGCAUUUGUACAAUCUACUAACUAGAACACAGCAGUUUAUUUUAUUAUUCUUAAGGCUUCCCACCUCCAGCUGAGCUACAGAGGAAGACGCUGCUGAGUGGUUAGACUGUAUCAGGUAGAUGUUUGUUGACUGUGCUUAAUUUAUGUAACCUCCAACCCCCACCUUUCAAUGUCAGCUCUCUGCAGGUGGACACAAUAGAAGUGCUUGGUCUGUUUGCAUUAACAGUGUCAAUACUCAUUUCCAUUGAUCCACCCUGUAAGAAUAACAGAUCUCUGUAGAUGGGAGCUGGUUAUUGAGGCAUGUCUCAGCUGCAGUGAGGAAAGAGGAGUGUUUACACUGCAACAAGGGGGCAUUGUUUGAUUUUCAUUGCACCUGUAAUUAUAGAAAACAUAUCAAUGAUGUUUUCUGAUAGACUCAGUUCUCAGUCAAUUGUGCUGAAUCACUUAUCCCUUCUAAAACACUCGAUGAAUGCUCAGGAGCAAAGGAGACCUGGUCCUAGAGUUAUGGGAGUUCAGCUGCCUAACAGUUCAGAGUCUCCUUUGCCAUAUUUUUUAUUUUUUUAUGCUCCAAAUGAUUUUAAAUUGGGACUGCAGGCAAACCAAUUCUACUACAGAGCCAUACUGUUGUAUAAAUGCUGAGUGUGGUUUGGCAUUGCCUUGUUGAAAUAUAUAAGGAGUUUACUGUAAAAUGCAUUGUCUGGGUGACAGCAUAUGUUGCCCUAAAACUUCUCUAUAUUGUUCAGCUAUAAUGGAGCCGUCCCAGGUGUGUAAGAUCUGUGUGCACUUUCCAUACUACCAAGCUGGGUGGUACUUUUCCUCUGAGGGCAGGAUAAUGUGUCUAUAAUUCCCAAAAAUAAUAUCAAAUUUUGAUCCAACCACAGGACAGGUUACCUUGCCUCGUUACAUCUCAAAUGGACUAAGGCUCAGAGAAGUUGCUGGUGUCUCUGGUUUAUGUUUAUAAAUGGGCGUCUCUUUGCAUGAUUCAGUUUUAACCUGUGUUUAUGGAAGCUGCGACAAUCUUGGUUCACAAAGGUUUUCAUGAGAGAUUUUUGGCGUAUGCAGUGAUUCCCACUACAGAGUCAUGUCUGAUGUUAAUGCAAUGCUGUCUCAAGGCCAACUUGGUACAGAGAUGUUUCUAGAUUCCUUGAAUAUUUUAGUAAUAUCAUAAACUGAAGAUGAAGAAAUCCUCUCACAGAGUGGUGAAUUUCCAAUCUUUACUUCUCAGAAUCUCUCUAGAGUGCUGUUUUGAUACCAAAUCACAUGCUUUGCCUGUUGCAAAUGGACCUAUGUACUUGAGAGAUGCUUCCACAGAUGUUUUUAGGAGCACUACACAGCUGUUGCCAAAGUAAGAGCUCUGCAUUUCUCAAAUUCCAAUAGAAAAAAAAAGACUAAAGAAAUAGGAUCAUGUUUCCUGCUGCCUCUCUUGCACUGGUAAAAAAUGCGUGCUGGUUUCUAUCUGCCGACCUGCUCAUGGAUUUUUAGAUGGUGUUGCCAAAAUACCAAAUAAAAGUGCAAAUAAUGCAAAAGCUAAGUGUGCUGAACAAAUAAUGCCCAAAAGAAAGUAUAUGUCAAAAAAAUCCAAACCUAGAUAAUGAUUGAAGUAAUGCUAGAAACAAAAACCUCAACACUAACAACAAACAACUCCAGCAGUGAGCUUUCUGACAGUCUUUUUAUGGAUGAUUUCUCUACUGCAGUUGCAUAUAAUACAGUUUCUGUUCAUUAAAUUUAGAGCAGCAUUUUCUCUCACCUUGUCAGUCACCCAGUCGAGCAUCCUUUGUCACUUUCCCACAUUUAAUAUGCCUCACACACUUCCACUCACACAGCUAUCUACGUUUCUUUGGGGCGUCUAACCUUGUCUCCUGUCACAGUAAGUGAGGCAAUGACAGUUUUUUCCUCACUUACUGUUUCCUCUUACAUUUUAAUUUUGUGUCUGUUUAUGUUUCUUCCUGCAGAUCCUCAAUCCUCUCCUCCAGGGCGUGACGCACUGAUUGUGUUUAACAUGCACAAUCCCAUGGGUGUGUAAUUUAUAUAGCAAAGAGGGGUGUUUGCGAGUGUGUGAGUGUGUGCAAGUGCACUUGAAGAUCUGAGAUGGGCUCAGUGGGAGCGGAGCGCCGCAGGCCAACGCCAGUCCAGACGCCCGAGGAGAGGGACGUGUGGAGGGAUGGAGGACGGGCAGGAUGGAGGGAUGUAGGGAGGGAGAACUGGAGGGAGGGGAGAGAGAGCGGCGUGGUGCAGAGUUACAGCUUUGACUCGUACCAGCUGGAGGAGGAGGAGAUCAGUAAAGACGCCCCAGAGCGAGGAGUUUUGGCUCUUUCUGAGACCGGUGAGACAGUUUCUAUUCUGACUACCUCUGUGUGUGUGUGUUUUAUAAAUAGAUACACAAAGAACAAGGGAUAAAAGGACUGAGGACUGAAACAGAGAGAGGAGACCACAUGAUUAUUUCUGUUUUACUGUCUUCACUUUUAAAACACCAGGAAAACCAGUCAGGGAACAAAAGGAUCAAAAGAGUUAUAAAAAGAUGUCAUCAUUUACAUGUGAACUUAUUGCCAUCAAUAGAUACUUGUUGUCAAAUGUAACCCAAAUGUUUACUUCUUAAAUACAACUUGCACUUUUCUACGUAAAUAACCAACCCUGACUGAGUAAGAAUAAUGAUGGUAAAUGACCAUUUUCCUCUCAAGUCACUCUCAGGAUGAGGAAAUGACUGGAAAGAGCUUAGAUGAAGGAAAGGAGGAAGGAUUAUUUCCCAGCUAAUACACUGACAUGCAAGUGUUUACUUGUUAGCUUGGAAAUGGUCGACUGCCAGCAUUUAAGUUUGUCAAAUUUUUCAAAAAUUUGACACAUUUCAAUCCCACACACUUCGAAAUGGUACAGUAUCCAUUGUUUUUAUGUCAAAAAGCUCACAAAAGCAGGUUUACAGUCAUAUUUUUAACCUAAAGUUGCCUUUGAGUAGGAGAGUGUUUGUACAUCUAAUAGGCUCGUAUUUGAAGGUGUGUAGGAUGUUAAUUUAUGUUUUUUGAAAAGAGCAAAUCCUGCACACUAUACUUACUUUCAGUCCCUCUGGUCUAGAGGUUUGCAGUGCUUGUUGCGUGCUACAUCCUAUGUGUUGCUCUUUCAUCACAAUUGCAGCCCUCACAAAGUGCUCUGAUUCACAGGUUGGCAAAUAUCAUUGUUUCACUAUGUCAGUGAUGCAUUUGUUACUUUAAUGUCUGAGGGCAGAAAAGAGAGACAGCCAUGUCACCAGGAUCCUCACUGGUGAACAGACUGUAUUUAUGUAACACUUUCUCAAGUUGCCUGACCACUUAAAGUGCUUUUACCACACAUGGCACACUCACUCACUUAUAAACUGAUGGCUGAGACUGUAUACAUGAUGUUGUACUCAAGCCCUGGACUCAAAGUAAAACUCCAAUCCUGCGACUUGAAAAGUGAUGACUUGGAUUUGGGCUUGCUGAGGACUGAAUGCAUUAGGACUCGGACGAUGUAGAGGAGGAAUCAGAUUCAUUUAAUGAGAAAGACCAGUUUAAUAUUUAAGAAGGCUGCUCGUGUGUUCAUCUGCAUGCACAAUCACAUGCAGUUCCUGCUGGAAUAAAGAGGUGCCUCAAAUCUGCAUUUUGCUUCCAAAGAUUUCUCAACAGUCGUGGGGCAGAGCAGAACAACAUGUAAAAGAGGUUUAUUUUUUGUUGCAGUAUAAACUCUGUUAUUACUCUCUGUUAACUUUGACAUCUGAGCUGUUACAUGUUUUUACCGUGAAAUAUUGCCCUCCAUCUAUUGUCUUCCAGCUGCUGAUCCCUCAAGAAGCAGCAAUAGGUGUCAGAUUUUCUUUCAUUUAUGUGACUUAUAAACUGAAACAAAGAUUCAGAUGAGAGAUUACCAGCCUGAGCCCAGCAUCAGAGAAUAGGCUGGUAAGUGUCACUCAGUACAAUCUAUGUCUUUAGAUUGUGCAUUUUUUUUCUAAGAAGCUCAGGAAAGAAAGAAAGAAGAGCAAGUGUAAGAACAAAAACAGAGAGGAAAAUUCCCUGUCCCAGCGCUGCAGACAAUAUUUCACCCUACCUAGAGUAUAAAUUGGAAUUAUUGCUCACAUUUGCUUGUUAUUGCCUCAUCUCCUCCUGUCUCUGGAUUGCCUGAAAGCUAGGCUGAGUCUGAAUUUCCAAUAUGGCAACAACCAUCUUUGGGGCAUGUUGUAGAUGGGAGAGUUGUCUCAUGAACGUACUAUAGGUUACGUAAAGAAAACAUGCCUUUUGUCUUUGCUGAAAAAACAGAAAUUACUUGUCAAAGCAUUUCCAGGGCACUCCACUCUUCAAAUGUCAUUCAAAUGCUUUUGUUUCCUUCCUGUAAAAAACGCAGAAGCAGAUUUUGGUUCCUCUUUCAAACCUAAUGGAACAAGAAAAGCCUUAUUGUAUAAUUUUUGAUGCUUUGCAUUGAAACUGAAGGGAAUGAACGGCGUGUUUCUUGUAGAGCAAUUUGCGACCAUGACUGAAAGAAUAAUAACAGUGACUCAGACCGAGGAACAGAAAAGUACAUGUAGAAAAAGGAGGGUUGUCUUUUGAGGGAAAAUUGCUGUGUUGCCUAGUUGCAAAAAGAACACAUUAAUCAGAUCACAAGUGAAUGAGGGUGCACAGCAAGCAUCCUAGAUGGACAGAAACACCCUUUUCCCUCUUUCAGUAUGUUUAUCUGUAGCCUCUUUCUCUUCCCUUUCUAAAGCUGUCUUCCCCAGUGUAUUUAAUUCUGCAGCUGACAGAAUAAAAGAGAGGAAAAGUCAACAUAGUCUGCCUUUAACUGAUACAAAAAGAAAGAAAAAAGACCAAGGUACAGUGAGGCAGGAUUAAUUCAUCUCUGUCAUACAGUCUGAAUCUACUCUGCAAUCUGUGCUUCUGCAGACGGACCUUUCUUUCGCGAAAUGAUUAGGAACUGAAGGGUUCAGAAAAAGAGGGAGGCGGUGUCAAUUUUUAUAGACCCACAUUAAAAGACUUUUUCUUGGUCAAGGGAGGGAGAAGGAUCAUUUUUCCAUUCUCAGAAAUCCAAAGUUCUUUUAAAUUGAACCAUUAUUGUACCACAAUUUGUCAAACUUGAUCGUACUCUAUCGUAUCAUUUCUAAUCAUGUGAUUUCAUAUCAUAUAUCAUUCUGGAUUUCAUGUCAUGAUAUAUAUCAUACAUCAUAUCAUAUCAUAUAUCAUAUCAUAGAUUAUAUAUAUUAUAAAUGAUUGUGUUGUAUCAUAACAUACAUCCUCAAUUAAAUAAUAUCAUAUAAUUUCAUAUCAUAUAGUUUUGUAUCGUAUCAUUUAUCAUUUAAAGUCAAGUCAUAUAGUCAUAAUCAUAUAUAAUAAAUAACUGUACUGUUUUUUACCAUGUCAUAUCAGAUCAUAUAUUGUUACAAAUUUUUUCAUGUUUUAAUGUAUUCAAUUGUAUUGUGUUAAAGUUUACCGUAGUGUAUCAUAUGGUUCUGUGUCACACUAUAGUAUGAAGUUACUAUAGUGCAUCAUAUCAUAUUUAGUUGUUAUUUAUAACAUCAUUGUUUUGUGUGUAUUAUACUGUAAUGUAUUAUUUUGAAUUGUAUUGUAUCUAUUGCUGUCUACCUUCUGGGCCACAUCACACUCUUUUACACUGUGCCAGACUUAUAUUGUUUUAUGCUGAAUUGUAUUAUAUGAGUUUGCUGAUAAUAUUUGCAUGACAAGAACACCUACAAUUUUCUAACUAUCAUCACUCAAACCCUGACCAUUUGGGAUGACUUUAGAACAGCUUAUACAGACAAAUAUUUAAAAGUGCAGUCUAAGGGCAGCUAUGGAAAACAAAGAAGUCAGUCAGAUGAUUUGAGAAACACGAGGAUAAUGCAAAGGAAAUUACUGGUGUCUAUCAAAAUGUGUGACAGACAAAGAAAUAUCACCCAGGGUGAUGAGAAAGCAGUUAUUCUUGACUUUUAAAUUAUUUCUUGCUUUAUUAACAAUUAAGUCAAAACUGAGAACACUGGAGACUGAAAUAUGACGUUUAACCAAACUAUUUCCCUAUUUUCUGAGCUGAAGUGUCCGUCAAACUCAAUGGGCAGCGCAGCUUGGUCUUCAUUAGAUUUCUGUUAAUGAGCUGUGAGUUUCUGCAGACGUUAAUCUUUUCUUCUGUCUGUGUAGCUAUAAUGACAUUCAGUUCUCAGGCUUAUCACACUGUUUGCUGUAUUCUAGACAAAUCUGCUGCACUGCUUCACCUCCUGCUUGUGUCCUGUGUGUUUUACUACAGGAACAACAAACUGGCAGGAAGAGCAGGCUUUUAAAGGCUCCUUUGUGCGUGGUCAUCACAUAUGGAGUUAUAAGAAAACUGUCUCUUUUUUAUAGAAAAGAAGACAGCCAAAGCAGCACAGUAUUAAGAAAGUAACUAUUGUGGUUACAAACUACAUAAAACAUUAGAGUGAAUAAAUCGUCUUUAAGUCCUGUUUGUGUCCCCUAUAGUCAGCUGAAAACUAUAAAUCUGCCUAAAUAGAAAGCUUACAGGAUUAGGAAAGGAUUAUUAAAAAGAAUCUGCUCAUCACAUUGGAGUUUAGUAUAAAACUAAAUGAGCUGCAAAGAAUAACAGUCCAUUUCUUUCCAGCAAAAACUGUUUGGCCAGCUGAUCUAUACUCGGCAGAUUAAUCCUCCACCAAAACAAGAGGAACAAGGUCCUGCUGAAUGAGCUGCUCUAACAGUGAAGCUGAGACUGUUCCUGCAGCUCCUUCAGCCUUUCCAAAGAUGAAUCUGUUGGCUUUAUUGAUGUUUUGAAGACAUUUUGUUCCCUGUUUUAUAUUCUCCAAACUCUUGCUGUCUCCCUCCUGCUCAGACUUUGAGGAGCCGAUCCCUGAUGACCGGUAUCAUGGGAUCUACUUUGCCAUGCUGUUGGCUGGAGUGGGCUUCCUGCUGCCCUACAACAGCUUCAUCACUGAUGUGGACUACCUGCACCACAAGUUUGAAGGUAGAAAUGUUUUUUUUGUAAACUAAUGCAAAAAGUAACUGGCAUCAUAUAAAUAAUUCAAAAUAAACAAUGUAGAAAAUAUGAACACCUGGACAUUAAUUGACAUGAAGUUAGCAAACAUAAAUGACAACAACCACCUUUGGGGAUCAUGUAUUCAAUCUAACUUUGAUUUCAAAGUUUAACCCAUGUCCAAUCUGUUAACAUGGAAAACUUUGGCUCUAUAACUCAGACUGCAGCCAGUCAGCAGGGGGAGCUCUGAGUGUUAAGGCAUCACUUUGGAGGAGUUGUCAUGUUGUCCAUCUUUAUAAAGUAUGUGAAACCAUGUUUUGGGGGCUUGUGGUGUCAGAUCCAUGUUACAUGUACUUAGAGAUUUAUAUAUUAGAAAAUAUAUAAUCUUGCAGUAUUGUCUACACUGUUGGAGAAUCUUGUCUCUGAACAACUGCUUAAUUAUUUGGAGACUUCACACUUUAUUUUCAGACAUUAUCAUUCCACUGAGUCAUCUGCCUGAUUAAUAUAAAAAAACAUAAAAUGGACAAAUUGAACCAUUUUUAAUUCAAAAUGUUCUGCAUUAAUAUCCCCAGAGCUGACUCUGUCAUAUUAAAAAGGCUGUGAACAGGGCUUUGUAAUCAAAAAAUAAUUAAUUAGCUUUUUACAAAUUUGAAACUUGAGCCCCCAAAGGAACCAUCUUGGGGCCCCUUCUUUAAAUUUGUAUUUAAACCAGGAUUUAGUCGGCUCUGAUGUGGGUCUUAAGUUGUAUGCUGAUGACACAGUAUGAAAGUACUGCUGUUAUAGGCAAGCUAAAGUCUUACAAAGUACAUCUCUUAUCUGAAAUAAAAAAUGUCUGUUUUCAAAAUCUUGACAGGUAAUUUUUUUUUCUUGUUCCACUGAAAGUUUUUUUUUUACAACUCAUUGCUUGUAGCAUAUCAGAUUCUAAAUAAAACUUUUCCCUGGCUUGUCAGAGGAAAUUUAGCCCAAUAGAAGUCAAAAGAAGUAAGACAAAAGUUCUUACUAAGAUUUGGGGUUUGCAGCAUGUUUUCACAAAAAUCCUUCAAGGUGUACGUAUUGCAAAAGGAAAGUGUUAUCAGUCUGUCUAUGUUGGGGCUGUUAGCAGUAUUAACAAUAACAGUCCUUGAUAUCUUGCUGGCAUACAGUAGUACCCUGAGCUCAUAGUAGUGGCCCAUUAUGCUGGUUGUCUUGCCGUGAAACAUAGGAAAAACAAGAAGAAGAAGCAGCAGCUGCUAGCGGUAGCAACCCUCUGAGAAAAUGGUUAGGCACUUUUAAAACUGUUAUUCAAAGAUCGAAAACAACAAGCUUGUGUCUUUUCAGAUUACUGAUAAAUUGUAUUUCCAUUCGCAUUAUUCGCACCAUUAUACUUCAAAAUAAAAAUAGAGUUUUACAAGGCACUUAAAUUUGGAAGAAGUUUAGGCUGUAACCUGUUGCUAAACUUUUGUCUUACAUUUCUUUUAUUUAUACUGUUUGUGUUUUAUUUUCAAACUUUCCAAAAAUUUUGUGAUAUUGAUAUUGUGACAUUUUAUGCCCACAGUAACAACUUUAAAUAAAUUAUACCUAAAAUCUCUGAUAAAUAUGCAUUAGUUUGACUGAAUCCAUGUGGAGCAGCACCUGUAGAGACAGCAUGAAUUAUACAGGUUUUUAAGCGGAUCUGGAAAGUUCAGAAGUACAGUAAGUAGUAAUUGUUCUUGAUUUUUGUGUUUCAGGGACGUCUAUUGUGUUUGACAUGAGCCUGACGUACAUCCUGGUGGCUCUGUUGGCCGUCAUCCUUAAUAACGUGCUGGUGGAGAGGCUCAGCAUGCACACCAGGAUCACUGUGGGUGAGUCAGAGAGGACCCCGCUCUGAGGCCAAAUAUCACGAUGAAGAAUCUCUCACUAUGGGAACUCCUGCUGCUACUUAUUUAUUAAUGGCCCACUUGGAAGCUCCAGGCUUAUCAGAGCUAAAUAAGAAGAGCUUAAAAAAAGGAGAUGGUUUAAAGAGAGAGAGAGAGAAAUUCACUCAGCUGUAAAUGUCUUGUGGGUUUCAUCUAUAAAGUGUUUCAAACAAACUUUGCCAAAGGCUGUGAAUUCACCAGAGGUUGUCUGUUUUUCUUCUCUCUUUUUAAAAAUAUUGCAUCAUCUUCAGUUCCCUGUCAAAACAUUUUAAAUGAUUUUACUGUUGUGCUCCAGAAACAUAUCUAGUUACAAACAUGCACAUUCAGGAUGAUAGUGCAUCAGUUUUUACAGAGACAGCCUGACACUGCUGUUUGUUAAAGGAUGUUUUAAUAAUACGACACAUCUCUGCAGAGUGAAUACCCUCAUUGAGACAGAGUGCUAAUGGAGGCCAGCUUAAAACAUAUCAAAGCUGUUAAAGGAACUUGUUUUUAAAAUACUUUUGAGCAGAAAUGUAGAAAUGUUCUUUAAAAAUGUAUGUGCCCCUCAGAGAAUUUUGGUAUUUCUUCCUCACAUUUAAAAGCGAGGUUUGUACCCUCUGCAGCUAAAAAUAGCUCCUCUUGCAUCCUUGAGGAAACAUCUUCUGAAGCGUGUUGUCGGCUCGAGAGCUGCUCCCAAGAGUCACACAAUCACAAUCUGACUUCAAAUGAGAGUGAUACAGCUUUUGCACCUGCACUGUUCUUACAUGUCUGAUCAUCCAGUCACAACAGGACCUGAGUCAGAUGUGUCAUCUCACUCUCUCUCUCUCUGUCUCUCUGUAGGUUAUAUCCUAGCUCUGGGCCCGCUGGUCUUUGUCAGUGUGUUUGACGUCUGGCUGGCAAAGUUCACAACCGCUCAGGCCUACAUCAUCAACCUGGUGUCAGUGGGAGUGGUGGCCUUUGGAUGUACAGGUACAGCUAAUAAUGAUGCUUACGAACUAAACGUGCCAGAGUUCAGGGCACACUUAAGCUCAGGAGUUAAAUCACUUACCCUGUAUAUCAGAGUAUCAACAGCUGACAGCUCAACUCAUUACCCUUGUGGCAUCCAAUUGGCAAACGUAAAAACUGGCAUUCUAGUUAAACUGCCUUAAAGGGAUAUUCGGGCGUAAAAUUAAGUUAGGAUCAAACACCCUAACACUGAGUUAGACAUCCUGUUGAGAGAUUCAUGUUGCCGACCGCUAGCUUUAACAUUUCCUUAAAGUAAUAAUCAUCAUAUUAAUCAUUUUGCACUGCAGACGCGUUAGUUCUUCUACCUUAGCGUCUCGGUCUGAUUGCAUUUCCAUGAAGAAAUGAUCAUAAAUGUUCUUCCUUGAGCUGCAUCAGCCCACUGCAGUCCGUUAUGGACUCGCCUGAGGUCUCCAUACAAACAAACGGUUGGUGGAAGAGAGUAGGUGAGUUGUGUUUAGUCUCUUUGCUAAAGAAAUCAAGCAAAGCUAAAAAGAUGUUUGGUGGUCAGGGUUGUGGCUGGGACCCCAUAUGUACUGUUAAUGAAGUUAGGUGCUGUUCUGAGCAUUAUUGGUGGCUAUAGAGUGGCGUUUUGGUUAAGCUCAUGGCUCCUGAGCCCUCUGUGUAUUGCUAUCGUGCUGUCGUUUCUAAAGUUGGUAUAACUAGAGAAGUAAGCGGUCGGCAACAUUCAUCUCUUGACGGGGUGUCUAACUUGGUGGUACUGUGUGUUUGACCCUAACUAAAUUUUACGCCUAAAUAUCCCUUUAACCUCUUCUCGCUGCGUCCUCUGCACUCCACUUUGCAAACCCCCCUCCACCACAGCUCCUUCAGGAUCGAUGUGAAGAUUUUAACAUUAAAUACUGAUGGCAUAACUAUACUAUAGUUGUUGUAGUUGUUCAUUAAGAAGAUGAAAAUUUAAAAACAUGCACUCACUUUUUACACAUUAGAGUGUAAAGCUAAAUGUGGUUUCCUGAUUAAGCACUGGUGUCAGGCAAGGCUGUUGAAUGACUUAGUGUCAGGAAACACACUCACACACACACACACACACACACACAGCUGCUGAUAAUGACUCUCAUGCUGUUUCCUGGUUGUUACAGUGAAAGUGAACACAGUCUGUCAGACAAGAGGACAAACACAUUCAUUAGUGCAGGUCUAGAGGUCAGAGAAGCUCCUCCUCUGAGUAAAUGUGUUUUUUUUCUGUCAGGCUCUGAUAACCAUCUCCAUUUCCCCUCCACAGUGCAGCAGUCCAGUUUCUAUGGUUACAUGGGGAUGCUGCCCAAAAGGUACACACAGGGGGUGAUGACUGGAGAGAGUAAGUACGCUGAGAUGAAGAGUUUAUACACGUCACUUUUUCAGCUCCUCCCUCUCCUCCAUCCUCACCUGUAGCUCCUCCCCUUCUCUUCAGGUACGGCCGGGGUCAUCAUCUCGCUUUCUCGCAUCUUCACCAAGCUUCUAAUCAACGACGAGAGGAGGAACACGCUUAUCUUCUUCCUUGUAUCCAUCAGCAUGGAGAUGCUCUGCUUCCUGCUGCACCUGCUGGUUCGCCGCUCUCGAUUUGUCCGAUACUACACCAACCAUGCCCAGGGCAAAGGUCAGGUCAAAGGUCAUGACCCGCGGGACAACGGGACUGGUUACAGAGUUCAUCACGACGUCACCGCAGAGGAAGUAAGAUUUGUAAGUUUGUGGGUAGUUUCUUGACUGAAACUUGUGUGUGUGUGUCUGUACUUGUCUUGGUGGACUUGAGAGGACCAUGUGUUGCUGCAUAACCUGUCUUUUGCGACCUCUUGCCGUUGUUGUUUUUUUGUUUUUUUUUGACAAUUUUUUACAAACAAAGUGCUUGGAUGUCAUCACAGAGGAAGUAACAAUUGUAAGUGUGUGAGUACGUUCCUGUCCGAAAUUGUGUGUGUGUGUGUGUGUGUGUGUGUGUGUGUGUGUGUGUGUGUGUGUGUGUGUGUGUCCUUGUCUUAGUGGAUUUGUGAGAACCAGUUGUUGAUUAUCUUCUUUUGGGGACACCCUUGCUGUUGUUUUUUUUGCAAAGCCCAUUGCAAAGACAUUUUAACUUCAUCAGAAAUAGGUAGUAAAAUUCAAGGCUUCAAUAUACAGAUUAAAAAUUUGUAUUUCUUUACAUUUGGCAUCUCUUAUUUGGCUGCUGUUUUCUCAGGUCUUAAUUUUUAGGUUUGAUCGACGCAUCAACUCUUCCUCUCGAUAAAAUGCACCACAGUCUGUCAUCAGAGCUUCUUGCACGUUUGGUAUUAAAUCCUUCAUGAAUGUUGUAACAACGAACUGUUUAUGGACCCAACAGGCGGGAAACAUCAGGCCUCUAAACAGUGCUGUCGUCCUGGUAUGUUUCCUUGAUGAUUUUCGUGAGGAGUGUUUGUCUUACUGGUUUUGGAGUGAGCGUGCAGACAUGGAUGGUGAGCAGUGUGAGUUUUUAAAUGUAGAAUCUUUUAUUUAAGCUACAGGCUGCUUUUAGCUUCACUUGAACUGAGUCACAUUAAGGGAGACACUGGGGGAUGAGGUUAUUUGGGUUUAAGACAUCUAAGUGUGAGAGGAGCACAGGUAAUGAGGGAAAAUGAAAGAGUAUGAAAGAGAGGAAAGCCUACGGAGAAUUGGAGUCACAACAUAAUUGGGAGAAACUGUUUGGAGAGAACGAGGGAAAUAAGAGCAAGAGAUCAACAGAGUCCAGUUACACUUCGGACCAAUCCCAAUGUCCCAAUGUGUGUGACUAUCAGUAAUAUGAUAUUAAAAAUAUUCAUUCAUUGACGGACAAAACUGGACUUUUUAAGAUACAAGUCAACAUGUUAGUUUGUAAAAAAAAAAAAGUUUAUCUGCUGCGUUAGCCCCACUGAAGCUCGACUUUUAAAUUAAAGUUAAAUUCUGUGGAUUGGGUUGGGGCCACAGGUGAAGAAAUAAUGAAAACUCCUCUUCUCCCUCAUGCAUGAAGCAGCACUUUGUGGGCUGAAGUAAUGUGUACCUCAGAGUCUUCAGAGGGAACAUACUGCCUGAGGCCGUUGUCUUUUCAUGUGCGCGUGUGUUUGUGUUUGUUCUCCAUCAUACUCAAGUCAAGUGUGUGAGGUAUACUCCCCCGUGUUUCACAAUGUGUGCGUUAGUGUGUCUGUGUGUGUGUGUUAUGAAUUUGGGGGCUGAUUGAGGCAGCUCUUUGUUCCGGUUGCCUUGGAAACCAAGGCAGCGCUCUACAUUAUGAGAUAAUCAGGAGGAGUGCUGCCUUCUGGCCCACAAGUCCUUUUAAUCAACUAAUGGAUUGGUCGGUGUGUGUGUGUGUGUGUGUGUGUGUGUGUGUGUGUGUGUGUGUGUGCUUAUUCGCAGUCCAGUCUGCAGUGUCUCUCUCUGUCAUUAUUACGUCAGCCUGUAGCCCCUCUCAGUGAUCCUCUUUAACAGCCACGGUCAUAAAAAGCUGAUGUCAAGCAUCUCGAAGGACAUAAUCAAUGAAAAAGACCGACAGGAUCAAAUUUAAACCACUGAAAGAAAACCUGUAUUAACUCAGAUAUAUAUGACCCUGAUUAUAAGAUGACUUCCCAUUUUCAAGACGAAUUCCAGGAAAAGACCUCUUAAAGAUGUAGUGUUUGAAAAUUUGAUUGCAAACAACGGUAAAAUACACUUACAAUUAAACAAGAUGAGUUGAUAUUUUCAACAUCUUUUGAAUGAAUUAUGUUUUAAAUGUUUUAAGAUGAAAUAAAUUGAUCACAUGUGUAAAUGAAGCACCCAAGUUUUGGUACAAAGAAAGAGCACAGAUCUACUGAUACUAGAACAUAUUGAAUAGAAUAAAUCCAUUCAAAUCAGAGCUAUAAUUUAUAUUUCUAUACUUUGAGGAGAUCAUGAUAUUUCCCUCAGUCUGGCCUAUCACUGAGCCUUUACAGUUCAGAUGAUUGCAGAUACAACUUCUAGUUGUCAACAGGCCAUAACAAAAAUGGCAGCAUGUGUUUAGUAUAGUCAGCUUUAUAAUAACACACAUUCACUUAAAGUUGAAUGUAGAUCUUAACAGAUUACCUUCAGUUUGCGGGGGAAUAAAAAAAAGUACACUGAUCAUCUCUGUGGGAUAAAAAAAAGUCCUAAGAUGUCACAGCAACAAAGAUUCUUUGUCACUUUAAACCUUCCAGUCUCACUAAGCAAGUGCAUUUUCAAGUAAGUGGAGACAUUUUCUAUUUUCUGUUCUAUUUUCAAGAGCUGAUGUUGCAACACAAUAAUGUAAGGUUGUAUAAUGCAGAGCCAUACCCAGUGAUAACUGGACCAUGAAAAUAGACUGAUUCCCCUUUUCGCAGAUGUAUAAUAUCUUUACAAUAAGAAAAAAUAACAGGUCGAUCUAGUCGCUGACAGUCUUGUUUACUUUUGUGUGUCAUUAAAAAAAGGCAUCAAUUUCAGACUACUUCCUAAACACCAAAAGACCUCUCAAAGGAGCUCUAAAAACAGUCUACCUGCUGUUGGUUUGUUCCUUUUAGUAAUUAUGAACAGGAAUCAGAAUCCAUCUCUUACCGUUUUAUAGCCAAACAAAGAUUACCAACAGAUGCUUUAUAUGAAAUAUGGUCCCUUUUUCUUUAAACCAAUAAUAACCUGUUUCUUUAAGCAGUCUGUAAAUCUGGAAGCAGUGAACUGGUAAUGACCACAGAGUAGAGAUUCAUAGCAUUAAAUGUUAAUUUGAUCGUCUUUUGUCAAGUUGCCUCCUUUUUGUGUCUCUCUUCAGGGAAACGGAGGGACAGCUCCACCCUCCGCUGAGGAAAGCGUCGAGGACAUUGCAGGAGGGACAUAUGUGAGAUUCGACGCUCCUAAAGCCAAGAUAAGAAAGAGCUGGCCCGGUGUUCGAGGUACUUUAUGUUUUAAUCCCGAGUACUCACUGCUUCAUUACUCUCUGACCCUCUGACUGGGAACAGCAGAGUGUCUUCAGUGUGACAACCUGAUCAAAAUGUUCUUAAACACCCCUCUGUGUGUGUGUGUCUGUGCACUGGUGUUUUCUAACUUAGAUAUGAUCCUGCAUCGGUACGUGGUGUCCCGUGUGAUCUGGGCCUACAUGUUGUCCAUAGCGGUGACCUACAGCAUCACCCUGUGUCUGUUUCCUGGUCUGGAGUCAGAGAUACGAAACCCCACUUUAGGGGAGUGGCUCCCCAUCCUCAUCAUGGCCACUUUCAACAUGUCUGACUUUGUUGGCAAGGUGAGCGGCAUGUUUCAUUUGCUGUAAAAAUCAACAAUAGAUGAAUAUUUUCUGAUAUCAGUAUACAGUAUGUCUCCAGAAAAUUCCCUCAAGAGUUGCUGGAGAUAAAAAUGCCAUUUAGGAUAAGAGCGAAUUUAGGAUUUAUACAGAGCAGGUGGACAGAAAUACAAUCAUGAAAAAGUUAUGGUUGACGACACAAAGUCAGAGUCAGCUGAAAAAGCCGAAACUGUGUCAGAAGUUUUUAAAGCUUGUUUUGAUGCCCCCUGGUGGCAUUAAAUUGCAACAAGCCACAACACUGAUGUUUAUUUCCCGGCCACCCUCAACUUAACAUGUGAAUCACGCAGACAUCUGCUUGAUAAACUGUUUCUGCCUGUUAGCUGAAGUUGACAUAAGUCAACUUAAAUUCCAGUUUUUAACUCUUUAUGAAGGCAAAAUAAUCUAGAAGGUGCAUGAUGCGGAAAGUUUGGUUUGAAUUUUGGUUUAAUUAUAUCAACUUUCCAGCUAAAGUUAAUGUUGAACAUACGACUCACAAUAUAACGAGUUAUCAUCCCCUCCAUUACAGUUGUAAUAUACCAAAAAUAGACAUAAAUUAUAUCUAUAACAUCAGAAUUAAACAUUUAAAAACAUUUGCAGGUAUUUUGUUCCAAAAUGUCUUCGAUCAAAUUUUGACAUAUAAAUAACCUUUAAAUUUCAUACCUAUUUUAAAUGGCUUGUAUAUUUUACAGGGGCCGCUGUAACAGGGUGGUGAAGUGGUGUCUGCAGUCUCUGUCAUGAUUUAUAAAAGGUCAAAGCAGCCUCAACAAAGAGAUGGAGCCACUUGUGUGUUUCCUAUGAGGAACUUCAGGGCAUAACAAAGGCCACUGGUGUCAAACAUGGUGGAGAGAUGACAAAAGAUUUAUUAAGUAAAUAAACUGGAGAGGCCUAUUUUAAUUUAAUCGUUAUCAUCCGACAAACGAAUCCUUUAAACAAAGAAAAUGAUGGGGUUAUUUCACGAGUCUGAGAUCAGGUUAAAACACAAUGAUAGCCAGAGGGAGGAAAGUUCCUCCAGAGCUGACCUUGAGAGGUUGUUAAAGGAGUUGUUCCAUGAGUUAAUCCAGAGAGUAAUGAGCGGAGAGAGUCUGGUUUAUUUCUGGAUAAUUUCACUCAGCUCUAAAACUUUAUCUGAACGUUCAGAAUGAAACCUUAUCUGCUGGUCUUCACUCCUGAGUUUGACUUUAGAGGGCGGAGAGUUGGUGCUCUGAAUGUGCGCUUUGACUUCGAUUUAAGAGGUGAAAUUAAACGGAAAAUGAGAAAAGGAAAUUGAGGUAACUCAGUGGGGAAAAAGUCACAACGAAAUGGAGGAAGAAAUGGUGUAGAGAAAAUAUUUCCCUGGUGUUUUAACUUAUGUAGCCGACUGCUGCUCUGCUGUGACUGUAUCAGCAGCUUCAUUAGGGUUAGUUCGUCAGACAGGCUUUAAUGAUGGAAAAGAGAAGUUUGAACCCUCAGAGUUACUCACACUCUUCUGCUUUCUCUUCAGAUCCUGGCAGCACUGCCGUAUGAUUGGACCGGAGGCCGUCUGCUCUUCUUCUCCUGCCUGCGAGUGGUCUUCAUCCCUCUCUUCGUCAUGUGCGUUUAUCCGGCCAGCUCUCCCACCCUGUCUCACCCAGCCUGGCCCUGUCUCUUCUCCCUCCUCAUGGGAGUCACCAAUGGGUACUUCGGAUCUGUUCCCAUGAUUCAGGCUGCUGGGAAUGUGCCGCCAGAGCAGAGGGAGCUGGCAGGUGAGAGUGAUCCACAUUAACAGGGAAAUAACAAUACUUAUGGACGGUUUAGCUGUUUUAUGAUAUGUUUUAUUCACAUUUUAACACUGCAUCAACCAAAGGCUGAAAUAACUAGCAUAACUGAGUCCAAAGCAGAGAAAUAAGACUUAAAGUUCAAGGCUGUCUGGUUUUCAAGUUGGGAAUUACUUGAAAAAACUACUGAAGUUAGCAGUGAUUGUUCUUACCAUGAGGAAUUUGGUGUUUGUUGCUUCUAAUGUUAAAAAUACCUAAGCCAAAACUCAGCUAGCAUUGUUAAAGUGCUCUUUGUUAACUGCAGACAUUAAGGUGGAAUCACGGCUCAUGUUACUGAAUUACCUCAAAGUAUCUCGCAGGUCACAGAAUAUCUUAAAUGUCACAAAUGCUAAAAAGACCUGAUUUUUGUAGUCAUGCUAAACAUUGUUAACAUUACAUCAGCUAAAGGUUAGCAUCAAAGGUUUCUGGGGAUUUACCUUAAAUUUUCCCCUUGUGUGUCUGGGGGUCAAAGAUCAGGGAAUCAGGCCUCUACAUUGAUGAUCUGACAUGUGUUUUUAACAUUACACACAACAAAUCAAAUCAUGUUGGCAUAGCAAUUGUGCCCAUUGGCAUUAGAGACCAAACUGACCAGUGGAGUCUCUCUGUCCUGUCUGGAACUAUAGAUGUUGCAUUUAACACAACUGUGAGGACCUCAGCUGGUCGAAAAAUUGGUAAUAUAGACAGCAGAAAUAUAGACGGUGUGAAACACAGAAGUAGCAUCGGUGACUUCAGACAUUGGUUUCUGAAACAAAAACGAGUUUUAAAGCUAGUUGUCAGCAGAUUUCAUACUGGGAACGCUGAGUUUAUUUUAUUCUUAGUUGACCUACUGUGAGACAAUGGGGUAGGAUAUAGAUGGGCCUUUAGCCUCCCCACUAACAGCUACAAUAUGCCUGUCUGCCAAUAAAGCCAUGCCUCUAAUUUGCCAAAUCUGCAACCUUAAUUUUCAGCCUUCAUGACUAAUGAGUGAAAACCCCCAAUGCAUGUCAGCUACUGCAGCAGGGUUAUCUAAUGUUUGACUUUACCUCCAAAUAAGCGUCUCCUUCACUCCCUGUGUAUCAGCUCCAUCACCACUCUCUCUCUUUCUUCAGGAAACACCAUGACGGUCUCCUACAUGACAGGCCUGAUGGUCGGCUCCGUUGUGGCGUACGCCGCUUACAGCUUCACCGCCCCAGGAUCAGGAACUCACAUUCACACACUCAUACACACUUCUGCCAACGCUACUGGGUACUGAAUGUUCACACACAGACAUGUGAACACCAUAGACUGUAUAAAAAGUUGUACAGUCAGUGGUAAACACACAUACAUGCACCUGCAGCCUUUAACACACACACUGAUGCUGAGCCAGGAGAGCGGCACGGACUGGGAGACUCAAAUCAGGUUUAUUUUGGUUUGGAUCAUUGGAUAAAAACGUAGCAGAUUUCUUAACUCUCUCAUUCUUAAAUCAGCAAUGCACAGACAUUUGAAGGAUCCCGGCUCUGAUGAUGAACUUUCCCAGGAGUUGAAGACCAGGAGCUCAGUGGACUGAAGCUUUGCGAGUGUCUCACUGUGAGGUUAUUGUCUGCAUGCACCAGAUAACAGAGGGGGUGACAUUUGUGCAUCAUGGAGAGCACCUUCGUGUUAUUAGUCUGAAACAGUAUGUCUCAUUUCUUAUACCUCAAAAUCAUUAUACAGGCUAGUUUGUUUCUGUAAUGGAGAAUGUAUUUGGUAAAGCUGUUUCUUCAUUUUUGUGACAGAGUAUUAAGGCCACAUUAAAGACAAACUCUUUUUAAAGAUUUCAAACAAUUUUAAAUCAUCUCCUCAUGAGAAUAGUUGUAGUAAAGUCAUUACAUUACAUGAAUAAAGUCAUGUUUAUUAUUGUCAUUAUGUUGUGAAAAAGUCGUUAAGUCAGUCAACAAUUAACCUCAUAAUGCUGUUUUGAAGGGUGGCGCCACACGUCUCUCCAGGGUCCUGAUACUUUUAACAAUAUGGUUAAAAGUGUGACUUUACUCUCACUAUAUUAUGACUUUACUACAACUUUAAUAUGACUUUAAUAUCGAAAUAUUAAGACAUGAUUUCCUCACAACUUUAUUCUUGUAAGAAAAUAACCACAUUUAAAAAAAUCUAUAUCUUUAAAUGUGGCCCUAAUACUCUGCUGUACAUCAUAGCUUUCUCAGAUAAAAAACAUUAAUGAGUUGUAUCUUUGGUAGCUUGAUUCAUCGCAAUAGUCCAACUGCAUUGUUAAAAAAAUGACAUGAACAAUUAAAGGGAACUCUUUAAUUUAUAAUAAAAAAGAUCUUAACAAUGAUUAUAACAAUUAAAACAUUCAGUGUACACUUUUUAAAAUCCAAGUCAUGAAACACUCUAACCCUAACCGACACAGUCUGCAUUCAUGAUUCUUUUAAGUUGAUGUAUUGAUACAUACGUAAGUGUUAAACAGAUAUAACUCCACAUGUGGACUGGAAAUAAUGAGAGAGACGUUAACGGUUGCAAACUCCAACCAAUAAUGUUAUUCAGCUAUCAGACCUUAUGAAGUAACGAAAGACGCAGUGUAGUUUUGCAAUAAUUUCCCCAGGACAUGGAUAACAGCGUCUACGAAAUGACAUUGUAACAUUACAGCAUCUUUACUGUUGUGUAAGUCUAUCAGGCAGCUAUUUUAGCUAGCUAAGUUGUUGUAUGCUGCUGAAAGCUCUUGUCAACUGGUUGCCAACAAAAAAAUGGAAGUUUUUAUUUCAGUGGGUUACAAAACCAAACCAGGCAGGACUAUGUCAUAGAGGGUCUUCUCAAAACUUGCCUUCAUCUCAUUAAUUGAAUAUAAGGUCAUUGGAUUAUUUUCAUCAGUGGAAAGUCCACCCUGAACCCUGUCCAUCGAGCUUAAAUUGGAAAACACAGAGUAGUAUUUCAUAACAAUUAUCAGGAGAGUAAUCUUUACAAGCCUUAUACAACUGAGUUUCAAAAAAGGUGGAUAAGUAAAAAAAAAAAUGUCUGGAGUGAUAGUUAUUAUCUGUACUAGCAACUGCUUUAACCUGUUUUUAUUCACAGUAAUGCUAAAAAACGAAUCACAAAUGAGCUGAUUUCUGUCCUUUCUUGUCUCUUCUUUUAUUGUCUAUAGAGAGAAAAAAAAAGUGGGAUUCACAUUAUGAGGAAGGAUGAUAGAUGAACUGUCUUAGAGUAUUUUUUACAGCUUUGUGUCUCUCUGUGUCCCUCUGAACGGUGUUUCUAUGUGACAUCUAUGUCAUGAUGUGGGGCAUUAUGGGGACCUAGACUAGUGCCAAAAUGUCUGAACAGUAUAGGCCUACAGGGAAAGGAGUGAAUGUGAUGGACUGACAGGAUGAAAGUUGUAAAUAUUGGAAAAAAAAUGAAAUAAAAUGAAAUGAAUCGAA